AUGAAUUUAACUCAUCAACAACAACAAAUGCAUCAUCAUCAUCAUCAUUAUCCUCAACAAAUUCCUUCAACAACUCGAACAACUGCAUUUGCAAUUCAAGAAAUUCUUGGUCUUACAUCAACUGAUCUUGCUGCAGCACGAGCUUAUGCCGAUCAUCAAGCCUAUACAGCUUAUUUAUCUCGAUCAAGUUUAUUUUCAUCUCCAUAUCAUCCUCAACAUCAUCCAACAGGAUCAUUUAUUAAUCCAGAUGUUACACAUUCACAUACAAAUUUUCUUCAACAAUUUUCUCCAACAAAUUCGCAUAAUACAAAUACAACAUUAGAUUCAUUACAAGAUAAUUUAGAUCGAGAUAUUCUUAUUGGUAAUACAAAUGGAAAUGGAAAUGAUACAUGUGGUAGUAAUGAAAAAUUAAAUACAAAUGGUACAAAUAGUAGUAAUAGUAGUGGUUCAGGAAAAAAGAAGAAAUGUAAACGAAGACAUCGAACUAUAUUUACAAGUCAUCAAGUAGAAGAAUUAGAAAAAGCAUUUAAAGAUGCUCAUUAUCCGGAUGUAUUUGCACGCGAAUUACUUGCAGUUAAAACUGAUCUUCCUGAAGAUCGAAUACAGGUUUGGUUUCAAAAUCGUCGAGCUAAAUGGCGUAAAACAGAAAAAACAUGGGGUAAAGCGACAGUAAUGGCUGAAUAUGGUCUUUAUGGAGCUAUGGUUCGUCAUUCACUUCCAUUACCUGAUACAAUUGUUAGAUCAGCUAAAGAUGGUAUUGAUUCAUCAUGUGCACCAUGGCUUCUUGGUAUGCAUAGAAAAUCAUUGGAAGCAGCUGAACAAUUAAAAAAAAUGGUUAAAGAUGAUGGAGAAGAAGGUGAAGAAGAUGGUGAUGGUACAAAUGAACAUGAUGAUAAUGACGAUGAUGAUUGUAGUAGUACACAUUCAAGAGAAUCAUCUCGUUUAUUACCUAGAUCAACACAUAUUGAUAUGACAGAAACGAUGAGAAGUGAAAGUAUUGCCGUACUUCGUGCUAAAGCUCAAGAGCAUAGUGCACGUACAACAACAACAACAUCACCAAAUAAUUGUCAAUAA